AUGAAACAGAUGACUGUUGACAGCAUCCGGGUCAGUCCGAUGAAUUACCAGAGAGUCGUCAUACUCCGCGAAAAUGACUCCGAUCGUUACCUCCCCAUCUGGAUCGGGCCAGCGGAGGCCGACGCCAUCGCGGUAAAGCUGCAGGAUCUCAGCGUCCCCCGCCCCCUGACCCAUGACCUUCUCCGCGAGGUCAUCGACAAGCUGGGUGGCUCCAUCAAGCACAUUCUGGUCAACGACCUACAGAACGACACCUUCUUCGCUACCAUCACCAUUGAAGUAAAUGGCAACAGCGAGGAUAUUGACUGCCGUCCCAGUGAUGCGGUGGCUCUCGCCGUGCGGGCCAAGGUGCCCAUCUACGCCAAUGAAGCCGUUCUGGACAAGGCAGGGAUACACCUUGACAAGGAAGGCAAAGCCUGCGGAACAGGGCGAAGCCAUUCAGCCCGCGGCGGAGCCUCGCAGCGAGGUCAAGGAGGAGGAACUGGAGGGGAUGUCCGCCUUCACCGACUUCAUCGACUCGCUGGACCUGGAGGACUUCGGAAACCGGUAGCAACCCGGGGCUGUACCUAG